AUGGAUAAGCUCACCAAGAAGUAUGACAAGUUGGAGAAGGCAAUUGCUGCUCAACAGGAAUUGUUGGGAAUGAUGUCCACCACUUUACAUGUCAUCGGAGAACAACAAGUACAAAACAGAGUAUUGCAAUUGCUAAAGACCUACAAGGUAAUUCAUGCAAACACACCACAAAAUGCAAAUCCUUUUAUUAGAAUUAACUCGAGAGAGAAAUUGGAAACACUAGUCACAGGUUUCAUUAAUUCACAACAUUUACCAACAGCUAUUCAAAGUAUCAAAAAAGCAAUUCCACAUCAAUUAUUUGUCAGUGGCUUAGAUGGCUCCAUUCAAUCCUACCUCGAUAUUACCAAUCCCAAUUGGGUUCAUGCUCAAUCGGGUGGAUCAUUGCAACAUUUAGUGAGUGGUGAUGUUUGCAUGGUUGGUACGUUGGAAAAUGUCACUCACGCUCUCCAUCGUGCCCUUCGUUAUCCAAUCAUGGUCCGAAGAUUUACCUCAAGAGUUAAUAAUUUAUUAUUCCAACAUGCUGAACAAAGAUUGUCAAUAACACAAGGAAUGGAAAAGGUCACACUGUUUGUCGUGGUUGGAACUCCAAAAUCGUACUUUGAGGAAACGAUUCCUGCUCGAUUUUUCAACAGAACUUUCACCGAUCGAGAUUUUGACGAUUUAGAAGCUUACAUUUUGGAGUCUUUUGAAGGAACAGUAGUGAUUCCAGAAGACUCGGAAUUGGAAAAUUUGAUCAUUAAGAGUGAUCCAAUUAAGGACCCAUUAGGUAUUUGGAAAUUGUUACUAAGCAUUGAAUAUAAUGACGAGCGAGUGUUAGCAAAGAAAGCCACGGUGAGAAGAGGAAGUUGA